AUGACCGCUAUCGGCUGCUGUACUGCAGAUCGCCCUGUGGAAGCCGCCACAGGGCGAAUUGGCACAAUCGCCGAGCGGGCUUACGCCCGUAGUUCCCCAGCAUUCUUGCGCAUCCAAUCUUCAAUGCCUGCGCAUCGCCCAAUCGCUUGCGCGCAUCUCCUCCGUGGGAUCCGCGCCAACACAGCUCGUUCACCUGGACGAGUGUCGCAACAUGGACGCAGUCUGGCAACGCCAGCCACCCCUCCGCAAGCUCCUAAACAUGCCCCAAUACGCCCGCAAGGGUCGCAUUCUCGUUUACGGAGCUUGAAUGACCGGCUACCGCGUUUUCUCCGGAAAUAUACAACUCCACUUCUGGGAGCGCCGGUCACUCAUGUGACCUCGUUUCUCAUUCUGCAUGAGAUAACCGCGAUACUGCCACUUUUUGGCCUAGUGGCUGCCUUCCACUACGGCGUGUGGAUGCCAGAUUUGAGAUCAGAGUCCGAGUCGGGAGAGAGCAGCGCAUUUGAUCAGGGGGUCAAACGGUUUGGUCGUUGGCUGGGAAAGAAGGGUUGGGUGGAAGAGUCAGAUGUCAAAACAGUCACCGAGCAUGAAGUCACGGGCGUGAAUAUCAAGGAACAAGCGGGCGUGCGACUCGUGCUGGAGUUCGCGACGGCUUAUGCCAUCACCAAGGCAUUGUUGCCGGUACGGCUUGCAGCAAGUGCGUGGGCUACACCGUGGUUUGCAAGAACGAUCCUGACACCAACCACCAACAUGGCCAAAAAACUGUUUGGCAAAAGCUGA